GACUUUGACUAUCCUUUGCUCAUAAAAUUAGUCCAAAACAACCCGCAUUUGUAUGACAAAUCUUUGGAAGAUUUCAAAGAUGAUCUGGUGAGAUCGAAAACCUUUCGUAAAAUUGCCAAACGUCUGGGAGUAACAGAGCGUGAAGCAAUUCAAAGAUGGAAGAACUUGAGAGAUAAAUAUGGCAGGGAAAAAAGAAAAGUAAUUCCUUCUGGUGCUGAACCACCUAUAAUCCCAUGGCCAUAUCUUAAAGAGAUGUCUUUUCUGAAUAAAUUUAUUAAACAAAGGCAUUCAAAUAAAUCAUUCGUAAGAUCAGAGAGCCCUCAGCCAUCGCCGCAGUCUUUAAUACCAUCCCUUCAGCCGUUUGAAUUUGUCUACCUAUCGGACAAUUCAUCUUCAUCGUCUCCCCCUCCCCUUCAACCGCGUCCCCAGAGCCCAUCUAUACCACUACCACAACGACAGAAUGGAAGUCCCCAACUUAGUCCGGAACCAAUACAAUGCACCCCAAAUGGAAGGGGAAAAAAAAGGAAACGUGAUGAGUUUGACUUGUUGGCGGCCGCUCAAGAAUUGGCGAACGACUUAAAACUGGGAAGACAGGAAAAAACGUCAAACCAGUUGUUUGGGGAAUAUAUGGGAAAACGGCUCGAUGAUUUUUCUCCAAAUAGGGCCAAAGAUAUAAGAAAGAAAAUUGUUUUGCUAUUAGAAACGGAUUAA